UUUUACUAGAAGUUAUCUUAUUUUCAGGGAAGCCGAAGCUGCCAUCAGUGAAACUUCGGUGGAUUUUAUUUUAUGGUGCAAUCGUAGAGUUGAAGGCAAUUUGUGGCGUUGUACGGCGACUGUCACCGUUCAUACCUCAGGUGUUAACGAUCCCGAUGGUGCCAACCACAAGGUUGUCAACAUCUUCCACAAAAACAAUCGUUCAACAACUUUUUCAACUCCUAAAUUCGAUUCGAACAAUAUCGAAAUUAGAUUUGAACUGCAAGAUAUUUCAGGCUACAGGUCUAGAGACCCUGCGAUAUUUGAGAUGGACUUUUCAAAACCAUCGGAAAUGGCAAAUGUUUGUAUCGCGUUUGAAAAUACCGAGAAACGUCUUUAUGUAAACAAAGAGUAUCUUUCAAUACAUUCACGAGUAUUUGCAAAUUUGCUCGCAAAUCGGGACGUGGGACGUGUAGUUUCACCUUAUUUCAGCACGGAAAACUCCGAGUGUGGCGAUGACUUUGAUGUGCUCAACGUUGGAGCCGCUUUGCUUGAUCGAACUCUAGAGGAAGAGGAUGAGAGGGCUGACUUUGCUCACUUUUAUUCUCACGGUAUGUUGGCAUAUGUUGCAACAGAGCCUAGCUAG